UUUCCCUGCCAAUCUCCAUUAAAUACACCAACUCCUUCAUUCUCCUAUGGCAUAGUUAAUCAUCCUAGUAGAGUUUCAUCAAUAUCUUGAAAAUGGCAUCAAAGAGAAUAUUGAAGGAGCUCAAGGACUUGCAGAGAGAUCCUCCAACUUCAUGCAGUGCAGGUCCUGUUGCUGAAGAUAUGUUUCAUUGGCAAGCUACCAUCAUUGGCCCAAAUGAUAGUCCAUAUGCUGGUGGUGUUUUCCUUGUCACUAUUCAUUUUCCACCUGAUUAUCCUUUCAAACCUCCCAAGGUUGCCUUCAGGACCAAGGUUUUCCAUCCAAACAUCAACAGCAAUGGAAAUAUCUGCUUGGACAUUCUCAAGGAACAGUGGAGUCCUGCACUUACCAUAUCCAAGCAGGUUUUGCUCUCCAUAUGUUCUCUGCUCACAGACCCAAAUCCUGAUGAUCCACUGGUUCCUGAAAUAGCUCACAUGUGCAAGACUGACAAAAUCAAGUAUGAGUCUACUGCUAGGAGCUGGACCCAAAAAUAUGCCAUGGGCUGAACCAACCCUGAAUUAAUUUGUCAGAGAAUUUGCAUUUUCUUCUCCUUUAUAUAUAUAGAUUUUUGCAUCAUCUAUUUGUCAUGUUAUCUGAAUGAGGAAUGGGAUUAUAAAUAAACUUAGCAUGGAGAGCAUUGUAAUGCGAAUAAUAAAUUUGUGAUUUUAUAAAUAUUAUCUUAUCAAUCAA